AUGGAAAACGUGGCUGAGACAAAUAAGAAUGGAGGCAGUGGCAAUGCUCAGAAACUUCUUGGAGACGAUGAGGAGGAAGACAGAUCUUGGGACUCAGUAGAAAAUCAACCUCGGAAGGAGAUGGCUGUGUAUGAGUAUCUGCAUAAAUUUAUCUUGGGGAUGCUCAAAAACAUUGGUAGCAUGACAUUAGAUCGCAUUCACAAUAUGCUUAUGAUGUUUUGCAAUGCCAACAAAUCACAACUACAAACCUUUUUAUCUGGUCUAGCCUCUGAAGAGAAGUUAGAACUUCGGGAUGAAAUAUACAUUCUAAAGUACUGA